ACUAUAUAAACCCCUCGUCCCCCCAUCAAACAAAUUCAACAAACUCUCACUUCUAACCAAAUUUAAAUUCAAAUUCACCUAUUACCCAACAAGAACCAUUCAUUAUUCCAUCCAUUUUAUUUUCUUCAUCAAGAAGGGAAUGAGUUGGUCAGCAGGAGAUUGGAUAUGCAACGUUUGCCAGAACGUAAACUUUAAAAAAAGAGAAGCAUGCCAUCGAUGUGGUUACCCCAAGUAUGGAGGUCCAGACCCAUCAACUUACAGUUACAACAAGACGGAGGCGUUGGCUGGAGACUGGUACUGCACCACCGUCAGCUGUGGAGCUCACAAUUACGCCAGCCGCCCCAACUGCUUUAGAUGUGGUGCAUUUAAGUCCGUCUAUCCUGGUGAUUAUGGCGCCUACAUGAUGGGUUCGGAUCAGUAUGGAUCUGAUGCAAGCAUCCCACCUGGAUGGAAAUCUGGAGACUGGAUUUGCCCUAGAAUGGGAUGCGGAGUACAUAAUUAUGCAAGCAGAAUGGAGUGUUUUAAAUGCAAAACACCAAGAGAUUUCGGUCACUUGGGUGUGUGAUACAAUUUUGGGUGCUCUAUCUUUCAGGUGGUGCAGUGUAAAGCGGGAAGGAAUUUUGGAAGGCUCUCCUUAUGCGAUAUAUCGUCUUCCUUGGCAUCUAAUCCCUAUCCAAAUGCUGCCUUUUUCUUUUUUUCUUUUUUUCUUUUUAAAUGACUAACAACAAUAAUGUUAAGCCCUUAGAAUGAUCCUCAAUUUAGAUAUCAUGGGUGAAGGCCCAUUUUUCCAUUCAA